AGUCCCCAAUUACAUUCUCUUGUAAUGAGUAAUCAUAGAACAUCAAUCUUUGUGGUACUAAGUUUGGUUAUAAUUCUCAAUGGGCAGAGCAGUUUCUUGGCGCGAGCCGGUGCUGAGAGAAAGGUUCAUAUAGUUUAUUUAGGUGAGAAGCAGCAUGAUGAUCCCGAGUUUGUCACGGAAUCUCAUCAUCGGAUGUUGUGGUCACUUCUUGGAAGUAAAGAAGAUGCCCAUGAUUCAAUGGUGCAUAGUUUUCGACAUGGCUUCUCAGGUUUUGCGGCCAAACUUACCGAGUCUCAAGCCAAGAAAAUUGCGGAUUUACCUGAAGUUGUUCAUGUCAUACCGGAUAGAUUCUACAAACCGGCAACAACUCGGACUUGGGACUACUUAGGCCUUUCUGCUGCCAAUCCAAAGAAUCUUCUAAAUGAAACUAAUAUGGGUGAACAAAUGAUUAUCGGUAUUAUCGACACAGGAGUAUGGCCAGAAUCUGAAGUAUUUAACGAAAAUGGGAUUGGACCCGUGCCAAGCCACUGGAAAGGAGGCUGUGAAUCAGGAGAGGAUUUUAAUUCCUCUCACUGCAAUAAAAAGCUCAUAGGAGCCAAAUACUUCAUCAACGGUUUUCUUGCGGAGAACGAAAGCUUCAACUUCACAGAAUCACUUGACUUCAUUUCCCCUAGAGGCUAUAAUGGUCAUGGAACACAUGUUGCAACCAUCGCGGGCGGCUCAUACGUGCCCAAUACAAGCUACAAGGGCCUAGCUGGAGGGACUGUGAGAGGUGGGGCACCGCGUGCUCGUAUAGCAGUGUACAAGACUUGUUGGUAUCUUGAUGAUUUAGACAUAACGAGUUGUUCAUCCGCUGACAUCUUGAAAGCAAUGGACGAAGCAAUCCAUGAUGGUGUUGAUGUUCUAUCUCUUUCUCUAGGCUUUGAACCUUUGUAUCCAGAAACCGAUGUUAGAGAUGGGAUAGCUACUGGGGCAUUCCAUGCGGUCUUAAAGGGUAUUACAGUUGUUUGUGCCGCUGGUAACGCGGGUCCAGCGGCUCAAACCGUUACAAACUUGGCUCCUUGGAUCAUCACAGUGGCUGCAACUACUCUAGAUCGGUCCUUUGUCACACCUAUGACACUUGGGAACAAUAAAGUGAUAUUGGGUCAAGCAAUAUACACAGGUCCAGAAGUUGGCUUCACUAGCUUGGUUUAUCCAGAGAAUCCAGGGAACAGCAAUGAAAGCUUUUCUGGUACCUGUGAGCGUCUUCUCAUCAAUUCUAAUAGUACAAUGGCGGGGAAAGUCGUGUUGUGUUUCACAGAAUCACCUUAUAGUAUUUCUGUAACAAGGGCUGCACGUUAUGUGAAGAGAGCCGGUGGUCUCGGUGUAAUCAUCUCAGGACAGCCAGGCAAUGUUCUCCGACCAUGUCUAGAUGAUUUCCCUUGUGUUGCUGUUGACUACGAGCUUGGGACGGAUAUACUUUUUUACAUACGUUCAAAUGGAUCACCUAUAGUGAAGAUACAACCUUCUAGGACACUCAUUGGACAACCAGUGGGUACAAAGGUAGCAAGUUUCUCAUCAAGAGGACCUAAUCCAAUUUCAGCAGCAAUCCUUAAAAUCAGCUAUUGUCACUACAGGUUUCUUAUAUUGUUCAUUCAAAGUAAAUUAGAUAAAAACAAGAACAUAGACGAUAUCGAUAAUCGUCUUUACUCUGCAGCUUGGAGAACAGAUCCAUUUGGAGAACAGAUUUUUGCGGAAGGGUCACCUCGGAAGCCAGCUGAUCCAUUCGACUAUGGUGGAGGUCUUGUGAAUCCAGAGAAAGCUACAAAACCAGGUCUUGUAUAUGACUUGGGACUCGAAGACUAUGUUCUUUACAUGUGUUCUGUUGGUUACAAUGAGUCAUCAAUCUCUCAACUUGUCGGUAAAGGAACAACCUGUUCGAAUCCUAAACCAUCUGUUCUUGAUUUCAACUUACCCUCCAUCACAAUCCCAAACCUCAAAGAUGAAGUUACUCUCACUAGAAUCCUCACUAACGUUGGCCCACUCGACUCGGUCUAUAAAGUAACGGUUGAGCCACCGUUGGGCAUUCAAGUGACCGUCACACCGGAGACUUUAGUGUUUAACUCUACAACCAAAAGGGUCUCUUUUAAAGUGAGAGUCUCGACCACACACAAAAUCAACACAGGUUACUACUUUGGAAGCUUGACUUGGAGUGACUCUGUGAACAGUGUCACCAUUCCUCUAUCUGUGAGAACUCAAAUUAUGCCCUACUACUACGAUGAGAAUUGAACAGAAAAAAUAAAAAACUAACCAUAUGUGACUUAUGAGUUUGUACUUAUGUUUUGUGAAUGCAUUGCAGUGAUUAAACAUUAAAUUUUGUG